AUGGCCGCCUACGGGGCGCCGGGCCCCCUGCCCGGGCCCAGCGGCGCCGGCUCCGCGCUGGAGGAGGAGGAGGAGGAUGAAGAGCCGUCCCUGGGCUGCGACGGCGACCUGGAGGUGAACCCCUACGACGGGCUGCCCUUCUCCUCCCGGUACUACGAGCUGCUGCGGCAGCGGCGGGAGCUGCCGGUGUGGACCACCAAGUACAGCUUCAUGGAGCACCUGGAGGGCAGCGGCGGCAUCGUGCUGGUGUCCGGACCCCCGGGCACCGGCAAGAGCACGCAGAUCCCUCAGUGGUGCGCCGAGUACGCCCUGUCCCUGCAGUUCGCCCACGGGCUGGUGGCCUGCACCCAGCCCCACAGCCUGGCCGCCCUCAGCCUGUCCCUGCGCGUGGCCGACGAGAUGGACCUGAACCUGGGCCACGAGGUGGGCUACUGCGUGCCCCACGAGGACUGCUGCACCGCCGACACCAUCCUCAGGUUCUGCUCGGACGAGAUGCUGCUGCGGGAGAUGACGUCGGACCCGCUGCUGCGGCAGUACGGGGUGGUGGUGCUGGACGAGGCGCAGGAGCGCACGGUGCCCACGGACGCGCUGCUGGGGCUGCUCAAGGAUGUGCUGCGCCAGCGCCCGGCCCUGCGCCUCGUGGUGGUCACCUCGCCCGCCCUGGAGCCGCGGCUGCGCGCCUUCUGCGGGGACCCCCCCGUGGUGCGGGUCCCCGGGCGCGGCCCCCCGCCACAGCUGCUCCGCCAGGAGCCGCCGGCCCACGGCAGCGUGGCUGCCGCCUGUCAGGCCGUGCUGGACAUCCACCGGCGCCAGGAGCCUGGCCACGUCCUCGUCUUCCUGGCCAGUGAGCAGGAGAUCUCCGAGUGCUGCGCUGCCAUCCAGACAGAGGCCGUGGCGCUGAGCCCGGCGCUGGGCCCGCUGCUGGUGCUGCCGCUGCACCCCGGCGUGGGCCGCGCCGCCCAGCGCCUCUACGAGACGCCCGACGAGGGCCGGGAGCGGCGCGUCAUUGUCACCCACCGCCUCGGGGACUCGUCCUUCUCGCUGGGCGCCGUGCGCUUCGUCAUCGACUCGGGGCUGGAGCUGCGCAGUGUGUACAACCCUCGCAUCCGUGCCGAGUCCCAGGUGCUGCGGCCCAUCAGCCGGAGCCAGGCUGAGUCACGCAUGCAGCGAGCCGCUGGCAGCCCCCCAGGCACCUGCCUGCGCCUGUACUCGGAGGCCUUUGAGGAGCGCCUGCCCCCCAGCCCUGCGCCCCACGUCAGCGAGACCAGCCUGAGCCGCCUCGUGCUGCUGCUGAAGCGCCUGGACAUCGCCGACAUGGGCCAGUGCGACUUCCUUGACCGCCCAGCCCCCGAGUCGCUGAUGCAAGCGCUGGAGGACCUGGACUACCUGGCAGCCCUGGAUGACGACGGGAAUCUGUCGGAGGUGGGGAUCAUCAUGUCGGAGUUCCCGCUGGACCCGCAGCUGGCCAAGGCGCUCAUCGCCUCCUGCGAGUUCGACUGCGUGGAGGAGAUGGUCAGCCUGGCUGCCAUGCUCACAGCAUCCCCCUGCUUCGUGCCCCUGUCCACGCACCUGGAGGAGGCCGUGGCGCUGCGCCGGCGGGCACUGCUGCACCCCAACGGGGACCACUUCACCCUCAUCAACAUCUUCAACGCCUUCCAGCAGCACGCGGGGGACGAGGGCUGGUGCCGGAAGCACGGGCUGUGUGCCGAGGCACUGCGCCUGGCGGGCACGGUGCGCGCCGAGCUGCUGGAGGUCAUGCGCCGCAUCGAGCUCCCGGUGUCCCCGCCCGCCUUCGGCUCCGACGCCAACGCCCUCAACAUCCAGCGGGCCCUCAUCUCCGGAUACUUCCUCAAGGUCGCCCGAGACAUCGACGGCUCCGGCAACUACGUGAUGCUGACGCACAAGCACGUGGCCCACCUGGCCCCCGCCUGCGGGUACCUGCUGCGGCCGCCCCCGCGCCGCCUGCCCCCCUGGGUGCUGUACCACGAGUUCACCAUCUCUCAGGACAACUGCCUGCGCGUGGUCUCGGAGAUCCAGCCCCAAAUGCUGGUGGAGUUGGCCCCGCAGUACUACCUGAGCAACCUGCCGCCCAGCGAGGGCCGGGACCUGCUGAUGGAGCUGCGGGACAAGGUGGUGGCGGCAGAGGACGCGCCGGCAGAGCCGGGGCUGGCGGCGGCGGCCGGACGCGAGGAUGAGCCGGGGGACGUCUGCGUCCUGCAGUGAACCGGAGCACCGGAGCCCCGCGGGGGGGCUGCCUGGGCUUGGCCAUGACCCUGGGGACAGGGGAGCCCCGGGGAGGCCCCAGGGGGGCUGUGUGGCCGCAGGGGCUGUCCCAGGUCCCAGGGAGGCGCGGGCACUGCGUGGCACUGCCUCGGCGCCGCGCCGCAGUUGGUUGUGGGCCAGCGGCUGUGGGACCACCCUGGCACCUCAGAGCGUGGAUUGGGGAGCGCUGGCCCCGGCCGGGGGAGUCGUGUGGGCUCUCCCCACUGGGCUCCUUCACCCCAUCUUUCCCAGGGGUGCUGCGGGGCUGGAGGCAUCGCCUUUCCUGCUCCCCCGGGGCCGAGGGGCCACGCACGGGUCCCUCCUGUAUAAAGUUUUGUGACCUUUA